UUGGUGGAACGGAGGAGCAAAAAUUGUGCUUCUUGUGAUUACUUUCGCCUCGGUGGAAACAGCUUGUUUGAUGAAAUUUCAACCAGCGCGCAUUCGAUACGCGCGUCGAAGAAAUGCACGUUGCGACGAAGAAAUGACUUCGAAUCGCGUACUUUGCGUCUUUUGUGAAACGCGCUCGAGUAGCCGUCGGUUUAAAGAUCGAUCGUCGUCGUAAUGUGUAUUAGGUCGGACGGGGAACGUGGGUCGGCUUCUAUAUCGAGAGUUGGGUCGGUGUUUUGACUGCACCGAAGAGUGCUGUGAAAAAGAAACGUGAUCGUCUUUUCUUUCCGUGACUCCUUGCCUUUUUGUCGGCAGAAAUAUUGUGCCGUCUGCGUAAAGCUUCCUUAGCUCUCUGUUAAAAUAUCGCCCGUCGGUAUUGUUCCUCUUAGCGCGCUGGUUUUAGAAAAUUUUCGUGUCCGUUGGAAAGCCGUGCCGCGACGUUCGGAAAGACGAUCGGAAAUCGUCGAUUUCGAAAUUUUAGACGUUUCUCUGACGAGCUGAAGAUUUACCGUUUUGUAUUUCGGACUAUAGUUUCGUACAAUUUUAAUCGCGAGUAUAACUUAAACGGCAACGAACGUAUAUCGAACGACGUGAUUGAAUUCUACCCGUGAAAAUGUCGUUUCUCGUCUAAAAUGGACGGGAUGUAGCGGAAUUUUAGACCAAAUCGUUUGGAGAAAAUUCUCUCUCGUUUCGCGAAAGAUGUUACAGGUGUUACGUACUUGCGAAUCGAUCGCAAAACUUCUGUUAAAAAUUAUUUCGAUCGAACGAGGCAGACGCGGUUUUACCGCGCGUUCGUAAACAGCGAAAUCACGCGGAAAGCUAAAAUGUGUGAUCGUGAUCGAAUCUAGCGACCGUGUGUUGGGUCUACGAGGUGCCACGUGGGAACAUUUCGGAGGCGUAAGGUGGGAAUUGUUAGGAUGUCUCGCUCUCGCUUGGACGAUCUGCUUCCUCUGCCUCGUGCGUGGUGUCCAGUCCGUUGGGAAAGUCGUCUACUUCACCGCUUUUUUCCCUUACGUCGUGCUCGCGGCGCUACUGACACGAGGUGUUACGUUGGACGGUGCCAGCGAAGGUUCUCUUUGGUUUAUUACGCCAAAAUGGUCAACGCUGGAAUCAACCGGCGUAUGGGCAGACGCUGCGUCCCAAGUUUUUUAUUCCCUUGGUAUCGGUUGCGGGUCUUUGAUCACCCUUUCCAGCUACAGUAACUUCGAUAACAAUUGCCACAGGUAACGCAAAAAUUUAAUCUUACGUCCAACGAAGAUCACUGCUACUGUGUAUACCUCGUUUUUCUGCGCAAUUUCCCGCAGUUUGUCCUUUAUUGAAAGUAUCGACUCGACGCAACGAAUUCCUCUUUAACCCCUUAACCGUUGUCCAAGUUUUACUUCGAGAACGUGCUCGAUCGUUUCCAGUAUGCGACGACCGGUACGCGAUCCAAGAUUGUAACAAAACGGCAGUUCUUUUUCGUGUCUCUUUGAAAAAAUUUUUAAUCUUAUUAUCUACGGUAUUGCAGAACUUG